AUGAGCGUCGGUCAGCUCGGUUUGGGUGAGAAAAAGCGACUGGUCGGUAUCGCCAUUCUGAUCCUGUGCACGUUGGGGCUGACUUCAGAAGCCUUCAGCAUCCGCGAGUUCGUUCGCGUCGGCAGUAAACGAAGGGACGGUGAGCCAGGUAGGCGAGGUCGGUCACAGUGAAUAGUGGUUUAAGUUCAGUCAACUGUCCCACUUGGCACCCGUUCCAGUGUCCCAAUGGCGAUUGCAUACCUAUAAAGUACCUGUGCGAUGGGUCGCCCGACUGCUCCGACGAGUACGAUGAGAACAAGAGCAUGUGCACAGCGGGUACGUUGAUUUGUGAAUAUUUGUACCUAAAAUUAAAUUUUCAAAUUUUUUUUAAAAUUUGAUUUUUUGCGAUAAUCACUAUUGCCAUCAUAGUUGUUAUCAGCUUUACAUUCUAUACCUACUUCUUAAUUUUACACGUCAUAGUGUUCAUCACCAAUAGUCUGUCAUAUUACUCAUUACCAUUUCGAAACUUUUAAUCCGAGUUUCGGUUGAUCUUUGUUUAUCGACUGAAGCCAUUUCGAAGUCAUUUCGAAUUCCAAUAAAAAGUAGCCGAGUGCAGCACUUGAAUUAAGACGCCAUUUGCGGCAUUUAUCUUCUCGAGUACGAUCUUCUUGAAUCCAUAAAAAGCACAUUCUUUAACAUAGUACUAAAUGAUCCUCUUCUAAAGUUCAUAGUACUAAAAUGUCUGUUUUGAUAAAUUGUUAUGACCUUACAUGUCUUCUGCAUGUUAAUAUCGUCAUUUGUAAUGUUUUAAUGUAGCACUAAUGGGUUUUUUGCAGUUGCUACAGAUAAAAACGCUUAGAUAUUAAUCACCUCUAAGGUCUUAGCUAGGUUUCUUUCAAACUGUGAGCCAUUUUCUACAGAUCUUUCAUACCUAUACCUCUAAAAAUCUCUUGAGUCUGUCAUUUUAAAUCUGUUUUCCAAAUCAAAACUCUGUAAAAGCUUCUAGAACCCUCUAUCUCAAUAUAACUCUUUCAAAACGGAUCCCACUAAAUACAAUAUGCAAAUGCCCUAAAGGCACGAACCGUCGAAUGACUUCCGGCGUUGAGCUGUUAAUGUUUUAGCCACCCGUCCACCUGUGGAAGAGACCGCCGCCUUCCUGAAGGCUCUCCUCAACGCUCAUGGCAACGACUUUUUAAUUAAAUUAUUUGGCCCUAAGGCGCGAAAUCAGUUGAAGGACAUGGGUGGAGUGGACCAAGUUGCCGUCUCACUUUCACGUAGGUUCAGCGUGACGUGAUGUGCUAAAUGUUGUGCUAAAUUUGAAUUCGUGCAGAGUUUACUGUAGGUUUUGGAAGUUAAGUUUCGGGUCAAAUUUAAAAUUAAUUUUGUUACCUAAAAUUAGGUUUUUUUUUUAAAUUCGUUACCUAAAAUUAGAGUUCUUUCAUUUUGUUACCUAAAAUUAAUUUUUUGGUCAUAAAUUAUUUUUUUUUGCAAAAUUCGCGAAUUUUUUAGAUUUUUUUAAAACUACAGUAGUAUUAGAAAAUGUAAGUUUUAAGAACUUUUUUAAAUAGUGAACGACUAAAAUCUUAACCUUUGGGACCACUUUACACUAUAUAUAUAGCGGUCAUUUUAAAAAACACUUGACAUGUUUUUGCAAUUCCUAACAUAGACAUCAUAAAAGUUUUGUCAUAUUUUGACAUUUUUUGAUGUUACGCGUCUCCUAAAUUAAGAUUAGACAUCAUAUUAUUGUUUAGUGCUCUACUGCAAGGUCUGUUAGUUCAUAACAAUGUCUCUUUCUUAAUAGCGAUGUGUGAUGUCCGUGUGGGGGUGCAGAAUAACUUUUAAUUCUGGUUAAUGCCGAAAAUAAUAUUCGUAUAUACGGACAUACGAAAUGAGCUAUGUGAUGCGUGAUAGUAGUAGUGGUUGUAUGUUGUAGCUUUAAGUCAUCUUAUGUUAGAGGAAUAUUGUGUUAGAGUAGUCACCGUAGCUUUUAGACGUUGUGGAUUAGAGUAGACAUCGUAUGUUAGAGUCAUCGUAGCUCUAAGAUAUCAUAUGUCAGAGUCAUACUGUGUUAGAGUAGUCAUCGUAUGUUGGAGUCAUCGUAUGUUAAGUCAGUUAAUUGUUUUCAGAGUCUCCGACGAUCGAGCAAUUUGCCAGCGAGAUGCAUCUGGACGCGGCCGAGAUGGAGAGUAUGGCCGACGUCCUCGAGGCCAUCGUGUCCGGCGGCCCCACUUCGGCGCUACUGCCCAACGAAGCCGCCGACUUCAGGUUCUUCGUGCAGAAGCUGCAGGAGACGGGCUUCUUCUGA